UUUCGCCUGUCAUUGUCCAAUCUCUGCUAUGCAGCCUCCACCUCGUCGAGAAUAGAGCGAUUGAGUCCCGCCUCUUCCUCUGGUGCACAUCCGCAGUUAGGAUAUUGGCGGAGGUAUCGCGAGGCAACCGGAAGCGGUUCUUUCUCUUUUUCUGCAUCGGCUCGUGGGGCAGCCAUCAUGGUGUUCAAGCGCUAUGUUGAGAUUGGCCGAGUUGCUUACAUUUCAUUUGGACCACAUGCAGGCAAGUUGGUAGCAAUUGUGGAUGUUAUCGACCAAAACAGGGCCCUAGUUGAUGGUCCUUGCAGUGGUGUCAGAAGGCAGGCUAUGCCCUUCAAGUGCAUGCAGUUAACCGAUUUUGUUCUGAAGUUUCCUCACAGUGCUCGUCAAAAAUGUGUGCGAAUUGCCUGGGAAAAAGAAAACAUUAAUGAGAAAUGGAAAGCCACCAGAUGGGCGCAAAAAAUUGAGGCCAGGGAGAAGAAAGCCAAGAUGACAGAUUUUGAUCGUUAUAAGGUCAUGAAGGCUAAGAAAAUGCGAAACAGGAUCAUCAAGCACGAAGUUAAAAAGCUUCAAAAGGUGGCAUCUACCAAGAAAGCAUAAAUUGUCAACAAAUAAAACUUCAAUUUAAUAUGCACCUAAGAUGA